AUGUCAUCAGCGUGCUGUGUGGAGCCUGAAGAAGAGCCAUGUGCUGGACAGACACUGGACCAACAACAUGUAACUAAUGAGAGAGACACACAGCAAAAUAUGGAUGAUCAGAAGGAGACGGACAGCACGUUGAAUGCUGGGGAGGUUGAACGGCAGAAGGAAAACAGGGAGAUAAGGAGAAAGGGAGCAACGCAAAAGAUGCACAGACGGUGUGUAAAACAAGCAGAUGGAGCCCUGCGAGUGAGUGUCUCGUUUGAUGAAAGGGACAGAGACAAGCGUCUUGAAGAUCCACGAGGCCCUGGACCCUUCUUCUUUUUUGGGGGGAACAAUGGAGCCUCCAUAGUUAUUUUAUAUUGUGAGAGUCAAGGCUGGCAGCGCAUAUAUGACAAGACAAGGCUGGACUACAAACUGAAGUGGUGUGAAAUCAAAUCACCUGCUACCUACUACAACUUCAAAGCAGGUAGCCAGCUGCUUUACCAGAUUCCCAAUAAUAAGGUCCUGACCACUAAGAUAGGCCUGCUGAACAGCCUGAGAGAGUACGAGAGAGUCAGCAGCAAAGUCAACUAUGGCCAUGGAAACAGGAGGAUGAAGAUUGAGGACUUCUUUCCUGUCACUUACCGUAUGGAUAUGAAAGAAGAGAGAUACGCUUUCUUUAAUGGAGUAUGCGAUGAUAAAAGCAGCAUGUGGAUCUGCAAGCCAACAGGCCUUAACCAGGGCCGUGGUAUUUUUUUAUUGAGGACACCAGAAGACAUAGCAACAUUCAGAGAAAGACUGCAGAACAAAACAGAGCCGCAGUCAAACAGGAAAUCACCUUUCACUUUACCACAAGCUCGGAUUGUUCAAGAGUACAUUCAGAAUCCGUUGCUUCUCAUGGGUAGGAAAUUUGAUGUAAGGUCGUACUUCCUUAUUGCUUGUACUUCACCAUAUAUGGUGUUUUUUCGCCAUGGAUACGUCCGAUUGACAUGCAACCUUUAUGACCCCAAAUCUGACAAUAUCACAGCACACCUGACCAAUCAGUACAUGCAGAAGAAGAAUCCUCUCUACAGUCUACUCAAAGAUGAGACAGUUUGGUCAAUGAAGCGCUUUAAUGACUACAUCAAUGAGAUAUACAUGGCCCCUAAGGGUCUACCCAAAGACUGGGCUCUGGGUCCUUUUGCUAAAAGAAUGCAACAAAUUAUUAUGCAGUGUUUUCAGGCUGUAAAAGGAAAGCUGGAUUGCAAACUUGGUUAUUUUGACCUAAUCGGCUGUGACUUCCUGAUUGAUGAGAAUUUCAAGGUCUGGUUGCUAGAGAUGAACUGUAAUCCUGCCCUGCAUACUAACUGUGAAGUACUGAAAGAAGUUAUUCCCAGCACAGUCACAGAGACCCUCGACCUGGCUUUUGAAAUCUUCAACAAGUGUUGCUGUGGGUCGAAGCUGCUGCCUCUGAACAGUCAAAGAGAUUUUGUAUUGCUGCACGAUGGUGAGUCGACAGCAGUAGGCAAGCAAAGGCAUAAAACCACAGGUCCCCUCUUAAACCUCAACUCAAAGGGCAGCUCCACCCAUAACAAUGCCAACAAAACACACACAUCUGCUGCUACAACAACAACACCAACAUGGAAAUCAUCAAACAGGUUCACCAAGUGUCCCAUUAAUCAUGCCACGAAAGAAACUCCAGCCUGUGGCUGGCCCAAUAUCAGCCAACCUUCACAGCAACCUGUGAAAUUGGCUUGCGGUGGAUCAGCCGUAACACAGAAGAUCCCGAUAUCCAGAGAUCAAGAAACCAAUCAGCUCCGACUACACCAGCCGAAACCUGUUCGUGUGGAGUUGCACCUUAGCAAGUGCACCUGGCAGGAACCUGCGGAGAUCUCUAGCGGUUCUGCAUGCCUGAUGUCUAUGAAAAGUGCAAUCAGGUCUCUAUCUACACCAGCUCUGAGCAAUGGCUUAAAUUCCACACUAAGACUUGGAGCUCAGGGCCGACAGAUGGACAACACGGACCAUGUAAGCUGCAACCUAAAGACGUCCAAGAUUCAUUUGGCUCAGAUGGACAAGAAGGAGUCUAAAGAAAAGACAAUAGAUGAUGGAUGAUAAAAAAUGAGGAACUGAACACAUGUUGAAGGCAUCAGAAUAAUCUGACUUAGAGUGACCUUUCUUUUGCUUUUGGUGUUCCUCAUCACCAUCAUUAUUUCAAUAAAUUGCCUCAAGUUCUUUAAGUUUUUAAGUGAUUUUUUAAAAAUGAGAUUUUGGUCACACUCUUAGGAUGUAAAAUUUCUACCCAGACCCCCUGUGCAUAUGGGCUGCACAGGAUCUGGAUAUGAUGUUAUGCAUAAAAGUGUUGUUUUUCCAUUCACACAUCAUGGAUACCGACGUGAUCGAUAAUGAUGUCCGUUAUUGUUGUUUUUGUUAUGAUUGUACUAACUACUAUUCUUCACCUAAAAAGGUCAUGCUAUGAUGUAUUGACCAUCUUUCAGUCACACGUCUUCGCGUGGUACGAAUUUGCAGGUUGAGCUUUAUCAAACUUGAACUUUGA